CCCAUUUCCAGUCCACACCCGCCCCGGCUGCUGGAUCGGUUCUCCCUCUCCAGCAUUUUCAUUUGCCAGCCUGGAUGUCGGAUCACCACCGCUAUUCUACAGCAACAGAUGUCUGAGAGCUAGCCAGCUGAGUAGAGGACUCACCUCUCUGCCUGUGCUCUCCACCUGCAGCCAUGAAUGGCGGAGCCAGUGUGUGGGAAAUCACUCCAGAGGAGAGGACGAAACACGACAAACAAUUUGACACCCUCGUCCCCAUCCUCGGCUAUGUCUCAGGAGAACAAGCCAGGAAAUUCUUCCUCCAGUCUGGCCUGCCUGCUUCUGUCCUGGCUGAAAUCUGGCACCUAGCUGACAUGGACUGCGAUGGGAAGAUGGACAGACAGGAGUUUUCCAUCGCUAUGAAGCUCAUUAAACUCAAACUUCAGGGGCGGAAUUUACCAUCUGUCCUGCCAAUUACCAUGAAGCAACCUCCUGUCUCCAAUUCUGCUUCAACCAUCCCUUCAUCUGCACGUUUUGGAAUGGGUUCUAUGCCAAACCUGUCAAUUGGUCUCUCAUCCAUGUCAGCUAUGUCAGCCAUGCCCAUCCUAACACCCAUCAUGGCUAACCCCUCCAUGCACUCUGUGCAAACCUUGGUGCCAACACCAAUGACUCUGCCCCUCAUCACCUCCCUGGGAAACUCUGGACUCCCCAACGGCAAUGUCAACCUCCUCACUCCACCUCUUGUUCCCAACAAUGCAGCGCUCCCUGUCUCUGGUUACUCCUCUCCUAUGGCGUUCUCUCCAUCCACCGGCAUGUCAAAGGCCAACUCUCUUCUGGACCUUGGAUCCAGCAGUUCAAAUUCUUCCUCCACCACGUCGUUGGCCAGUAACUCUCCAAAGACAGGUGCAAGUGAUUGGGCCGUUCCGCAGGGCGCGAGACUCAAGUACCGACAGCAGUUCAACACGCUAGACAAGCUCAUGAGUGGCUACUUGUCUGGACCUCAGGUUAGAAAUGCGCUGAUUGCAUCCAAUCUGACCCAGACUCAGCUCGCUACCAUCUGGACCUUGGCAGAUGUGGAUAAGGACGGUCAGCUACAAGCUGAUGAGUUUAUUCUGGCCAUGCACCUGGUGGACAUGGCUAAAACUGGCCGACCCCUACCCCUCACACUGCCUCAAGACUUGGUCCCUCCCUCUUUCAGAGGAGGAAUCAAGCCCAGUGAGCUUGUUAAUGGAACGGGGCCCUACAUAACUCCCUGUUUAAUAGACACACCAGAGAUAGAACCUGCACAAAAGACCAAGAGCAGUGUGUCCUUCGAGGACAAGCUGAAGGAAAACUUUGCGCGAGGCAGUGCCGAGCUGGAGAAACGCCGACUGGCUCUGGAGGAAGAGCAGAGAAAGGAGAGGGACAGGAGAGAGAGGGAGGAGAGGGAGGCUCAUGAAAGGAGGGAGAGGGAGGCAAGGGAGCAGGAGAACCGCAGGAGGCUGGAGGAUGAGAGGCGGUUGGAGAGGCAGAGAGAGAUGGAGAGACAGAGGGAGGAGGAGAGGCGUAGAGAGCUGGAGAGGAAGGAGGCAGCGAAGCAGGAGAUGGAGCGCCAACGAAGGGAGGAGUGGGAGCAUGGGAAGAGAGAGGAGCUGGGCAGGAGGAGAGAGGGGGAGCAGGAAGAGAUUUCCCGACUCAGGGCCAAAAAGAAGAGUCUAGAGCUGGAGCUGGAGGCUGUGGGCAACAAGCACAAGCAGAUCUCAGACCGUCUCCGUGACGCUCAGAGCAAGAGGCGGAUCCUGAAGGAAGAGGUGGAUCUUGUCAAUCAGAAGAGGAACACACGCAUCAUAGAGAUCAACACGUUGCAGCUUCAGCUUGAGGACUGGCAGAGGAAGCUCCUACAGCUGGUCCCAGAACAACAGAGGCUGAACGAGAAGCUGCGAAACAUCAACCUCAACAAACUCUCCUCGGUGACUCUGACCUCUAUGACCGGGAGUGUGACGGAAAAAGGCGUGAAUUGUCGGAGACUGAAGGACCAGCUGGACACUCUGGAGAGGGAGACCACAGACAAACUGGCUCAAAUGGAGCAGUACAACAAGGAGCUUAAGGAGCUGAGGGAGAAGCAGGUGAGGCAGCAGGCUGUCCUGGACGACCUGCACAGAGUCAAAGAGGAGAAACUUAGAGAGCUGCAGAGGCGCAGGGAGGAGGAAAUGGAGAGGAGAAGGAGGGAGGAAGAAGAAGAGGCAGCCAGACAGGCGAAGCUAGAGCAAGAGAGAAAAGAGCAGGAGAAGAGAGAGAAGGAGGAAGACGAGGCACGUCAAAGGAGGCUCCUGGAGGAGCAGAGGGCCAGACAGAGGGAGGAGGAGGAGAGGGAGGCACAGGCUCGCCUCCGAACAGCCCAGGAGAAAGCACAGGAAGAGGAGAGAAGAAGGAGAGAGGAGGAGGAGAAGAGGAGGAGGGAGGAGGUUGAAGAAAGGAAACAGAAAGAGGAGGAGGAGAGGAAGACCAAAGAAGAGCAGGAAAGAGGAGGACAGCAGCCGGUGUUGGUGGCUCAGCGAUCCUCCAAGCUGACCACGUAUAGAGCUCUGUACUCAUUUGUUGCCCGAAACGCUGAUGAGCUGAGUAUAGAUGCAAGCGGCCUCAUAGAGGUGGAUGAGAAGACCGUCGGUGAGCCUGGCUGGUUGUGCGGGAGUUACCGUGGAAAAAAGGGCUGGUUCCCCCAGAGUUACGCAGAGAAAUGCCCUUCCCCCUCUACCACUGAGACAACCCCUUCUUCACCUGGAAAAUCGUCCUGUCCGCCGCCAUUACCACUUAACGCAGGUGUCCCAGAUGGGGAGGUAGCGUGUGACAGCACUGUUCCUGCCCAAUCAGACGCUUCACAGAUGACUUGCUCCAUUGUGCCUAAUGUGAAACCCCGCUGCUCUACUAAUCUCACUCCUCAGUCCUCCGUCCCUCUGCUGGCUCGAGCCGUCUCCUCAUGGUCAGCCACCUCAGAAACUCACCUCAACCUCUCCUCCGAUGCGGAUGACGUCAUCACUGCGCUGCUGAGCUUCUCACAGGGUGACGUCAUCAGCGUGCUACAGCAGAGGGAAGACUGGUGGUUGGGACAGCUCAACGGGACACGGGGAUGGUUCCCCAAAACCUAUGUCACUUUGGAGACGGGUGGCAAUGCAGAUGCGGAUGCAUUCGACACAUCUGACUCUGUUCAGCUAGAGGAGUAUGUGGCCUUGUACACUUAUGAGAGCCCAGAGGCGGGGGACCUGACGUUUGUUGAGGGAGAUGUUGUCAUGGUGACAGAGAGAGAAGGAGAGUGGUGGCGAGGAUGCAUCGGGGAUCAGACAGGGGUUUUCCCCUCCAACUAUGUCCGACCUGUUGAACCAGAGGCGACAAAACCUGGAGCUCCAAUCAGAAAGCCUGAGAUCGCCCAGGCAGUCACCACCGCUGUCGCCCCGACGAUGCAUCAGCUGCGUCUGUCUCCAGGGCAACUGAUCGUGGUCCUGGCUAAGAACUCCACCGGCUGGUGGCUCGGGGAACUGCAGGCUCGAGGCAAGAAGCGGCAGAGAGGCUGGUUUCAUUCCUCUCACGUCAAGCUCCUCGGCCCCUCCAGCAGCAAGUCCUCUCCCUCCCCUCUGCCAGUGUGCCAAGUUAUUGCGAUGUACGACUACACCGCUGCUAAUCGGGAUGAGCUGAGCUUCUCCAAGGGUCAGCUCAUCAGCAUCCUGGACAAGACCAACCCUGACUGGUGGAAAGGAGACGCCAAUGGGGUCACCGGCCUGCUGCCCACCAAUUAUGUCAAGAUGACCACAGAAUCUGACCCUAGCCAGCAAUGGUGCGCUGACCUGAUGACGUUGGACACUAUGACGCCUCAGGAGAGGAAGAGGCAGGGUUACAUCCAUGAGCUCAUCCAGACUGAGGAGACCUACGUGGAAGACUUGGAGCUGGUUCUAGAGGUCUUCUACAAGCCCAUGUCUGAGUCAGGCUGUCUAACAGAAGCUGAGAUGGGAGUGAUCUUUGUUAACUGGAGGGAGCUGAUAAUGUGCAACACCAAACUACUCAAGGCGCUGCGGGUCCGUAAAAAGACCGAAGGAGAGAACAUGCCGGUCCAGCUGAUAGGGGAUCUGUUGGCCUCGGAGCUCGCACACAUGCAGCCUUACAUCCACUUCUGCUCCUGCCAGCUCAACGCCGCUGCCCUGCUGCAGAGCAAAACCCACAACCAGCCUGACUUUAAAAACUUCCUCAAGAAGAUAGCCACUAACUACCGCUGUAAAGGAAUGCCACUGUCCAGCUUCCUCCUCAAGCCCAUGCAGAGGAUCACACGAUACCCUCUGCUCAUAAAGAACAUCCUGGAGAACACCCCAGAUGGUCACGCGGACCGCAGCCCACUGAUAGAAGCUCUGGAGCGGGCCGAGGAGCUGUGCUCUCAGGUCAACGAGGGAGUCCGGGAGAAGGAGAACUCAGACCGGCUGGAGUGGAUACAGAGCCACGUGCAGUGUGAGGGAGCUAUAGUGCACUUGGUCUUCAACUCGCUGACUAAUUGCCUCGGGCCUCGCAAGCUGCUCCACAGCAGUCGGCUUUACAAAACCAAAAGCAGCAGGGAGCUGUGGGCUUUCCUCUUCAAUGAUUUUCUCCUCCUCACACACAGCGCCAAACCCUUCUCCUCCUCUGGAUCAGACAGGCUAUUCAGCCUCAAGACCAACAUACAGCUGAAGAUGUACAAAACACCACUGUUUCUAAAUGAGGUUUUGGUGAAAAUGCCACCGGACCCCUCCAGCGAUGAGCCACUCUUCCACGUCUCACACAUCGAUCGUGUCUACACACUCAAAACGGAGACCUUGAACGAGAGGACAACGUGGGUUCAGAAAAUCAAAGCAGCAUCUGAACAUUUCAUACAGACGGAGAAGAAAAAGAGAGAGAAGGCUUACCAAGCACGUUCUCUAAAGACCAGCGGUAUAGGCCGACUGCUGGUAACUGUCACUGAAGCCCAGGAACUCAAAGCCUGUAAACCCAACGGUAAGAGUAAUCCGUACUGUGAGCUGACGAUGGGGGCUCAGUGCUACACCUCCCGACCAAUCAGCGACACUCUGAACCCAAAGUGGAACUUCAACUGCCAGUUCUUCAUCAAAGACCUCUACCAGGACGUGCUGUGUAUUACUGUGUUUGAGAAAGACCAGUUCUCCCCAGAUGAUUUCCUGGGUCGUAUUGAAGUUCCCUUGGCAACUAUAAACAAAGAUAUGGAAAGCAAGGGUGCCGCAAAUCGCCGCCUACUACUGCAUGAGGUCCCUACUGGAGAGGUUUGGGUCAAACUAGACCUACAGCUUUACGAGCCAACUAAAUGAGGACAACAAACAUCCAAAACACACGCACCACUUAAUGUUAUAGUAAUGAAGAGAAGACAUUUUGCAUAAGCAUAAACAAGCACACACACCUAAAAGUGCCCGUUUGUAGCAGUGCAAGGGUUGCCUUGAAAAACUCUCACUUUUACCGUCACUGCCUUAUUCUGCCCUGAGCCGCCCAGACCCAUUUAAGUGACCUUUAACAGAAAGGGAACUUGCCAAAAAUGGAGAAUGACACACAGAUGAAGUCAUAAUGUAUUGUGGAUAAAGGUGUUCUUGUUGCCAACAAUCCAGCUAAAAUGUAAACAUAAUGGGCACAGUUAGAUUUUUGUAAUACUCAUAUUUACACUAUUUUACUCUUGGUGCCUUACAACAUGUCUGAAUUUGUUAAUAUGAAGCCAUACACCCUGUUAUACAUACGCCUGCACACGGCCAAUGUUGCACACUACUGUACAAUGUAAUGUCAAAAGUUAACCCUAAGUGUGCCAUAAAAUCCUGAAAAUGGCAUGAAUAAAAUGUACAUAGAGUAAA